UCGUCCCUAGGUGAUAAUCAUUAAUUUUGAAAGCAUUGCCGCUCUUUAUGUUGUACGUGUAGCGCAUAAUGAAUCGUUACUGUUUAUAACAAAACAACACGAGCAAGGAUCUCAGUUCUCGGUGAAAUCUCGUUUGGCUGGUCCUUGUACGAGACUUCGCGAGAUUGGACACCAUUUUAGUAAAGUGGGGAGGCGAUACUUCCCUCGCGUUUUGUGUAUAUUCUUAUUUAUGUUGUACGUUAAGGCUCGUGAGUUGCUUCUGGUGCGAAUAUAACAGUUUCAACGAAAUAUUUGUGUAGAAGUGGACUCUUGUGCAAGAAUAGUGUUAGUUAUCAGUGAGUAAUUUAGGUGACGAAUUUUAUACGUUGAAGAUACAAAGCAGCGUGGUCAGUCUUUGUUUCUGUCAAGCUGUAAGGUGUGGAGCAUGAUGAAGCAUAGGGUGUGCUACAGAAGUGUGUGAUGACAGUGGCAGCCCUCUAGUGCACCAGGACAAGUAACUCAUUUCUGUGACUGAACUGUUGUUUCGACACUCAUGGACAAGCGCAAGAUGUUGCCGAAACGUCCUCGCAUGGAUAAUUUGCGUGGCCCGAUUGCUAACGGCCCUAUGCAGACUCGUCCUCUUGUGGCCCUCCUGGAUGGUCGUGACUGUUCAAUUGAGAUGCCGAUUCUGAAAGAUGUUGCUACUGUAGCAUUCUGUGAUGCACAGUCAACGUCAGAAAUACACGAAAAGGUCCUAAAUGAGGCAGUUGGUGCCCUAAUGUGGCACACAAUAAUAUUAACAAAAGAAGACCUGGAAAAAUUUAAAACACUAAGAAUCAUUGUGCGAAUUGGAAGUGGAGUUGACAACAUUGAUGUCAAGGCAGCUGGGGAGCUAGGUAUAGCUGUGUGCAAUGUCCCGGGAUAUGGUGUAGAAGAAGUGGCAGAUACCACACUUUGCCUCAUCCUGAACCUAUAUAGACGUACGUAUUGGCUUGCCAAUAUGGUGCGUGAAGGAAAAAAAUUCACUGGUCCGGAACAAGUUAGGGAAGCAGCCCAAGGAUGUGCAAGAAUACGAGGGGACACGCUUGGCAUUGUUGGUCUCGGUAGAAUUGGUUCAGCUGUUGCUUUACGUGCAAAAGCUUUUGGCUUCAACGUGAUUUUCUAUGAUCCUUACUUGCCGGAUGGUAUCGAAAAGUCCCUUGGACUUACUCGUGUUUAUACCCUGCAGGAUUUACUAUUCCAGUCAGACUGUGUGUCGCUGCAUUGCACUCUAAAUGAGCAUAACCAUCAUUUAAUAAAUGAGUUCACCAUCAAACAGAUGAGGCCAGGGGCUUUCCUGGUGAAUACAGCACGUGGUGGCCUCGUGGAUGACGAUGCCUUGGCUACAGCACUAAAGCAAGGUCGCAUACGUGCUGCAGCACUUGAUGUUCAUGAGAAUGAACCAUAUAAUGUAUUCCAAGGUCCACUGAAAGACGCGCCGAACUUGCUGUGUACACCUCAUGCAGCGUUCUACUCGGAUGCGUCGUGCACAGAACUGCGCGAGAUGGCAGCCAGUGAAAUAAGGCGGGCUAUCGUUGGACGUAUUCCUGACUGCCUACGCAAUUGUGUGAAUAAGGAAUACUUCCUGGGAGGGACAGCUGCCGCUGCCGCAGGUUACGCAGAUGGCAUGAAUGGUGGUUAUUACACUGGAGCACUGCCUGUGCAGCAGGCACACUCAACAACACCACACGACCAGGUGCCACACUCAGUAGCAGCUGGUGCUGGUGGCGGCGCGGCAGGUGCAGGAGCAGGCGCUGUCCCUGGCCUUCCUCACAGUAUAUUCCAUCAAAAAAAUGAGGACCGAUGAUAACGUAACAAAUCGCUUCCCACAAGCACACUCUUGCCUCUGAAUACACCAGACCCAUCUAACCACCAUUCGCAGAAGCCAGAGCCGUCAGAAGUGCAUUAACAGGGUACACCCUGAAAAUGCUCCCACAGGCCCAGCAAAGGAGAAACUUAUCCUGCGAGGAGGAAAAAAUUCAUGUCUUUGUUGAUUUUUGUAAUUGAAUGUUUAAGGAAAAACCAGAAGUUAACGAUUUUUCCCAUCUCCUGCACAAUAUCGCCUUCAGAAGAAUGAAGAGUUUACAGGAGCAAUAUUAACAUUCACAUCUUCAUAUCUACUGGUGAUACAGCAUGUUCUUUAUUCUGAGUGUGUGUGAGUGGAAGAAACUGGUGAACCAAAAGUGGCCAGACUUUUGAUCUGUGACUUGUAGGAAAGGGUUGAAUGUUAGACAUACAGAUGUAGCCCUGGUGUUCCUCCAUUUUCUGCUACCUGGGUGUUCCAGCACUGGAAAACUUAAAUAAGUUCGCAUUUUCUACAUAAGGAAUACAACACAGUAUUGUUUCUGCAGUUUCAGAUAUUAAAUCUGUAAAUCAUUCUAAUUGUUUGUCGUGUUUGGACAGUGCAAUUUGAUAUAUGUACAAAUUGCGAUGUCUGUGUUGGACAGUGAUAAAGAGGGAUUCUGACACAUCACUUAGUGUAAAAUUAAGAUGAGAAGUUCUCUGAGAAAUAGUAGUAAGAGUGAUAAGAUAGAAAUAAUUGAUUUUUAUUGUAAUAAUUCAGUUUUAGUUCUAAAUGAACAACAUUAAUUUUGAGGAGGCACAUUUUUUAAUGAUUUGAAGAAAUUGUUCUUGAGAUGCUCCACUUCAUCUACUUUCUGUUAAAUAAGAAUGAAGACAUGCUUAUUCAGCAUUGCCUCCAUGAAGCAUUAUUAUCGAAGACAGAUGCAGUAGCAUGGCAAUUGGAACCAAAAGUGUAAAGAUUUUCUCAUGUAUGUAUAGUUUCUGCAUUUAUAUUUGCAAAUGUACAUUUUGUUCUUCUCACAUUUGUGUUGUCAGGUGAUAAAACGAUGCAUCUGUUUUUGAUAACUGUUCACACAUCAGCUGCUGUUGAGUAAAAGGCAACACUAUACUUCUCAUGGUUUCAGUGUUCGAGUGUUUAUAAAAAAUAGUCUAGGUCUCUCAAUAAUGUUUGUUAAAUACUUUUGACGAAUUCUGUGGUGUAGAGAACCAAAUUUAUUACCAAAAUGCUGAAAUAAGGAUUUUAUUGCAUGUGGAAACUGUGCAAUACUGCUUUUGUUCAUUUGGAUAUUGGUAAAAAGUACAUGAAUUUUUAGAAUACAGUUUUUUUUUGUUUUGUUUUAAGAUAGAUCAGUUGUGAAUCAUAUUAAACCAUUUCUGAAACCCCACAUUUAAAAGUUGUGCAUGUGUAUACUGUGAAAAGUUCAAAAGUGCUGUUUAGUUCCAAUUUGUGAAAUUACCAGAUUUUGAAUAGUGCCACUUAAGUAUUGAAGAGUUGUCACUAAAUGAGCUGUCAUUUGUUUUUGUAGCAAUCAUAAAAAGUAAAUAUCAGUCGAAUGAAAUAACUCUUCAGAUAAAAUUCAUUUCAAUCUAAUUUUAGUGCCCAAGUAGUAAUAAAUAUGGGGUUUCACAACUGUAGCAAUUUUAGUGACAUUUUUGUAUCACUUAUAUGCCCAAAUAUAAUUAACUUUAUUUCUAAAUCUUAAGGUUGUUUUUUUUAAUCAUUGGUCCCAAUUUUUGUUGUUGUCCUGUUUACAGUGUUGCUAACUUACAUUUGUCUGCCUGUUGAAAACAUUGUGACCUUGAGUUUUUGCAACACAAAUUGUAUGUCACUUGUUACACUGUAGGCAUACACUUAGAACUGGGGAAAGAGAACUUUUGGGAGCUAUAAGAAAUUGCUUACAAAUCAAGAGAUGCAGAAAUUAAUGACACUUCACCAUACUUGUUACUCAUCUUUUACCAACAGUUGUAGAUACUGUUAAAUACUAUUCUCAGUUAAAAGAUAGUCCACUCUGCAAUGCCCAAAAUUUUAGAAAAUUAAAAACACCUGGGCCUAAUUAUUUCAAACUGCCAUGUCACAGCACUUGUUAAAUAAAAAAUUAGAACAUCAGAUUAUAUUCAUUGAGUUCACUUCAGCAAGCAACAAACCACUGUCAGCUUCAAUUAUCAUUAUUGUUUUUUUUAAUGUGAUGUGUGGCACUAGUUGAUAAUGUCAGAUACUCAAGUACUGCUAUCUAGAAUCUAUUUUUUAAGUAGUGCUGUGAACAGUUGAUGUCUUCCUAUUUCCGCUGCCUUUACCAGGGCACAUCUGUCAUGUAUUAACAUUCAGGAUAAAAUAUGCAAUUUGUCAGACAAUUUGGGAAGUAAUUUUGUAGAGCGGCAUUAUUUGGUUGUCAGGAGGAGGCAACGUAAAGCGUGAAAGCUGCCAGUGUAUAUCAGACUUGUUUGCAGAAUAAAUAAGUAAUUAUGAAGUGACUUGAGAAAGAUUUCAAAACUUCGUACCAUCUGUGAGCACUAUUUUCAGUGCUGUGGGUUUCUUUUGCAAAAAUGAUCAUGUUUGGCUGGGUAAUGAAGAACUGUCUUUGAAAAGUAAGACAGAAAAUCAUUUGAACUGGUUACUUUCAACUUUGUUGAAUUCUUUGGUUCCUACUACAAACAGGCAUUGUGCUAAAAGAAGAUUCUUGCUUCCGAAUAUUCUGGCAGUGGAAAAAGUGCAUUAAAUCUGUGAGGCUAUAGGGAAAUUCUAGUUACUUCUGUUCUCUAGAUAUUACUUCAAUCAAGUAAUAUUUGAGUUUUAACAAUGGAUAAUAUUAGUGCAUCGUGCAUUGUUGCUUUGCUGUAUUCCACAUGUUACAACUUUUUUAUAUAACAUACUUUCUUAAAUUCAGGGAAUGGCUAUGUUGGUAUUUGCUCAUUACUCAGAGGUGCAACUUCAAAAAGGGAACCUCUAGUUCUGUCAUGACUCCAUACCCAGUAUAGUUAAGUGAUAAACAAUCUGCAAAAGGUGGUGUCUCAGCCAGUUAAGUAUCAUGUAAUUUUUAGGUUGAAAUCUUUUUUUGUGACAUUGCUGAGAGUUCCAGCGACAAUUGAUGUUUGCUGUACUGCAUAUUGUAGUAUAGUUAUUAGUGUUGUACAGGCACUGAUGGAGCAAGUGGGAAAACUGUAACAACCUUGUCAUAAAAUGGGAGAAACAGUAAGCUGAACAUUUCAGGUGAAGCUGCUGCUGUUCCAAGAUAUUUUUUAUAAUGAUGUUUUGCUGUUCAUUUGCAUUGUUAGAAUGUUCAAAUUUUAAAUUUUUGAACUAUGAUUGUGCCAAGUUAAGAAAUAGAUGAUAAAACAUAUCGGCUUGGUCUCAUUCCACUAGUUAAAGUUUUUGAAGGAGUGCAUCAUAAAAUAUAAUUAUUAUGAAACAUCACUUUCAGGUAUGUGUGUGUGUUUGGAGUGGUUUUUCUGCUGAUAAACAUCACAAAUUCAAGGACUUGAUGCAGUAUGUAAUGGACAUUUCAUGUAAGCCAUUGUGUAGUAAUUUGGUGGGUCAAUCCGUAUUGGAUGAUGCAGUGAAGUAAUACAAAUCAGUAGCUUCCUCUAAGAAGUUCAACUGCUCUGUAUUCAUGUAUUGAAAUUAUCUUGUCAUGAUCUCUAGUGAAAUGCUAGUGUAUUUUGUUUCUUGUAGUGUUAAGUGAAGGAAUUUCACCACGUUUGGAAAAUAAAGUAUUAUUCACCAUGGCA